AUUUUACUUCCUGGAACUAACGCUGUUUUUCCCACUGAUUGAAGUGGGUUUGUUGUUGCGUGGUCGAUCAAAAUAUGCCUUGAUCAUUAUGAGUCGUCAGCCUCCUAUUGCUGUCUCUGCUGGUGUAGAAUGAUCAUACAAGAUGUGAGCCAGUGUGAGUUGUGGGAACAAUGAGCUACUACAGCAGCACCAGCACGGAGCAGGCCACUUUCCCCAGCGGGGGGAGCAGCUACCCGUCCUCGCUGUCGGAAACCAUGGAGGGCUACGAGUACGACUUUGUGCCGCCCCCCGAGCCGCGCUACGAGUGCCCCAUCUGUCUGCUCAUCCUCCGAGAGCCGCGCCAGACCAAGUGCGGGCACAGGUUUUGCCGAGACUGCAUCCUGCGGGCGCUGAGAGACUCCAGCGCUCGAUGCCCCGUGGAUAACGAAGGACUCACAGAGGCUGAUUUGUUUCCCGAUAAUUUUGCCAAAAGGGAAAUCCUGAAUUUUGAUAUACGCUGCCCGAACAACAAAGAUGGAUGUGAAAAGAUCUUGCCUUUGGGCAAACUUCAG